AUGCCGCGACCGCCGCGCGAUUUCAACGACGACCAAAAACCACCAUUCUCCUACAUAUCGCUUACAGCCAUGGCGAUAUGGAGCUCGCCGGAACGCAUGCUGCCGCUGUCGGAGAUCUACCGUUUCAUCACGGACCGGUUCCCGUAUUACCGGCGGAACACGCAGCGCUGGCAGAACUCGCUCCGGCACAACCUCUCCUUCAACGACUGCUUCGUGAAGGUCCCGCGAAGACCAGACAGACCCGGGAAGGGAGCGUACUGGACUCUGCACCCGCAAGCCUUCGACAUGUUCGAGAACGGCUCUCUGCUGCGGAGACGGAAGAGAUUCAAGUUGCAUCAAGGAGAAAAAAAUCACCUCAGUUCAGAAUUGGCUGCCCUAGCUAAUUUCAACUAUCUGUUUCUUGCCAAUAAUAACAUCAGUAUCCAAUCAUCUUCAGACAGGGUAUUGGAGGUGGAACACCUUCAUUUAUUAUCGCCGGCCAAAGAAAAGCCGAAGAUGUCCUUUUCAAUAGACAAUUUGUUAAGCAGUGACAUAGACAAGAGUGUGGGUGUGAGUGAAGAAAUGUACGUGGUUCCGUAUCAGCGGGAGAUGCUGGCCAUGUCCUCGGCUGUACCCUACAACAUACAGACUCCAAUGUUAGGACAAUUGCCAUUUGGGCUGUAUACUAGUUUGCAUGAGCUAUACAAACAAGCAUUGUUACAAUUACGAUAA